UGCUCUCUUCGCUGCUCUUCCUCUACUACUCGAAGGAUGCAUCAGUUACCCGAGCCGUGGACCAAGAAAAAAACCUGGAUUUGCCAACGAAUGCCCAAAGGCCUUCACCUGCACGGGGAAAUGGCAGAUCCAUCAGUAGCGACUUCACGCUCCCAGAGAGAAUGGCGGCUGGGGAUAGCCUACAGUUGUCCAGCAGUCGCAGGACUGUCGCAGAUAAUAUUCAAGCUCACGAUCAGCUAGUUACGAAAGAGGAAAGUUGGACAAAAAAGGAGCACAAAGAAAAACAUGAAGUUAAAUUCAACAAAUCAGCACUGACAAAGCACAGAACAUCACCCACUGUAGAUUCACAGGCAGAUGCCGAGAAACGCGUAAGCUCUACGUCAUUAUCGACCAGGGAAAGGGAAAGCAACAGUGUGCGAAAUAAUUAUGCAACAGUUUCGGUUGUAAACUCCCAGACAUCUCAUGGAGGAGAAUUGACAUCGAACAUCACUCUCCAGGAACAUAGCAACAAUAAAAAUGGGAGAAUAUUUCUUAAGGAAAGUCCCCAACAUGCAGCUAUGUCACAACAGAAGGUUCAUGCAAACAAAAUUAAAUUUAUAUCAGCUUUAAACUCUUUCAUUCCAGCUGAUAAUUUGAACUUUAAUGCUUUAACCGACAAACGGCUCUUGUAUAUGAAGACCAAAUGCCAAGCCCUUAAACUUCCCAAGAGAAAAGAGAGAAAAACGAUACGAAAGAAAAUUGCUGUCCGUGAUCUUUUCAGCACCUGCGUUGCCCCGAAGGGAGGGUCUACUUCAUGGUAUGAAUUGAGAGAGAAAUUAAAACAACACCGAUUUGAAGAAAAUGCCAAGGCAGCUAUACUCAGUGUUAGGCACCCUCUCUCACGCUUGACAUCAGCUUAUAGAGACAAGUUCCUAAAUGGCUGCCCAAUAUCGGCUUAUGACGCUGCCUGGAAGAACGCAACGCGAAGCAGUCAGACUUGGCGCUACCGCUGGGGCGCCUAUUGGCUUCCGGCGCUCGUCUCCAGGGGCGACGUCAAACCUUCGCUGUGGAUGGGCAGGAGGAGACACGCAAAGACAGCGAACGUAUCCGACGUGUGUAGAUCAACGCUGCUCUCGAAUAUGGUUGUUGCUCGCCAAUUUGAACGGGAUUACAGACUCAACAUGAAAAAGUACAUGAGCCUCUUCGGCAACGCAACUUUCAGUUUUGAGGACUUUCUCCGCCAUGUACUUUGGACAUUUGAUUACAGCGUCAUGGACCAUCACUGGGCUCCCCAAAGCUGCCUGUGCGAUCCAUGCGGACAGCACUAUGACUAUAUCCUCCACUUGGAGAACAUCGGGCAGGAGGCUCGACACGUGUUCGAUGCCUUGGGGGUUCCUCAGGAGGUUCAGUUAGGAAGUGAUCAUGAUACGAAAAAGGCUCUCAGUGUGUCCGAAAAUGGGUACUUCGAUGGCAUUGACAAAGCCAUUAUGACACGACUCUAUGUGCUUUACAAAAAUGACUUUGAUCUGUUCGGUUAUCAGUAUUAGUGCAGUAAUCAGGAAAAUGGUAAAUCGGAGCCUCGAAACAUCGAAGAGUUUCAGAGGAGAAUGAAAACAGAAAAGCUGUUGGCGUCAGAUACUGAAAGCGCUC